GAAACAAGGCCUUACGAAAUGCGUUGAGGUCACGGUGAUCGAACGCAAGAGGGAUGGGAGAUGGCAGCGGCGGCGGUAGCCGGUGGAACAAGGCGGAGUGGGUGCAGCAGUAUGAUCUGAUAGGGAAGAUUGGUGAAGGCACGUACGGCCUCGUCUUCCUCGCUAAGAUCAAGUCACAGUCUCCAAGAAAAUCCAUCGCCAUCAAGAAAUUCAAGCAGUCUAAGGAUGGCGACGGCGUCUCUCCCACCGCCAUCCGCGAAAUCAUGUUACUGAGGGAAAUAGCGCACGAGAACGUUGUCAAGCUUGUCAAUGUUCACAUCAAUCAAGCCGACAUGUCUCUCUAUCUCGCUUUUGAUUAUGCUGAACACGAUCUUUAUGAAAUAAUUAGACAUCAUAGGGACAAACUCAACCAUUCCAUUAAUCAAUACACUGUUAAAUCGUUACUGUGGCAGUUGCUCAAUGGACUAAACUAUCUGCAUAGUAAUUGGAUGAUACAUCGAGAUUUAAAGCCAUCAAAUAUAUUGGUUAUGGGUGAAGGAGAGGAACACGGAGUUGUUAAAAUUGCUGACUUUGGACUUGCAAGGAUAUAUCACGCUCCUUUGAAGCCAUUAUCUGAAAAUGGGGUUGUUGUAACCAUUUGGUACCGUGCACCUGAGUUGCUUCUUGGAGCAAAACAUUAUACCAGUGCUGUUGAUAUGUGGGCUGUGGGAUGCAUUUUUGCUGAGUUGUUGACCUUGAAGCCACUAUUUCAAGGGGCAGAAGUCAAAGCUACAUCAAAUCCCUUUCAGCUCGACCAACUUGACAAGAUAUUCAAGGUUUUAGGCCAUCCCACAUUAGAAAAGUGGCCUUGCUUAGCAAAUCUUCCAUACUGGCAACAAGAUCUGCAACAUAUACAAGGACACAAAUAUGACAACACCAGCCUCUAUAAUGCUGUACACCUACCUCCAAAAAGUCCUGCAUAUGACCUCUUGUCAAAGAUGCUUGAAUAUGAUCCUCGAAAGCGCAUAACAGCUGCACAAGCUUUGGAGCAUGAGUAUUUCAAAAUUGAACCACUACCUGGGCGGAAUGCACUUGUACCCUGUCAACUUGGAGAGAAAAUUGUGAAUUAUCCCACACGUCCAGUGGACACCUCAGUUGAUCUUGAAGGAACCAAUCUGCCACCUUCACAAUCGAUGACUGCAGUAUCUGGAAGCAUGGCUGGUGCUCAUGGGUCAAAUAAAUCUGUCCCUCGGCCAAUGAAUGUUGUUGGCAUGCAAAGAAUGCCACCUCAGGCUAUGCCAACUUACAAUCUCACUUCUCAGGCAGCAAUGGGUGGCGGAAUGAAUCCUGGGACUAUUCCUAAGCAACGAGGUGUUCCACAGGCCAAUCAGCAACAGUUGAGAAGGAAAGAUCAAAUGGGGAUGCCGGGAUACCCUCCACAACAGAAGUCAAGACGUAUAUAAGAACAAGUGAAGAUAGAUAUGGGGUCAGCACUUGGGUACCGGAACUCAUGAAGGACAUUUCAGGACAGAUAUUUUGCCUUCAAUGCUUUCAGAUCUCACUUCUUUAUUGUUGUCGGAGCUUUGUUGCAUUGUUCACUGGAAUUUUGAUGCUAACAUAUGAACUAUAAUGCUGGAACACCAAUGGAGGAGCCCAUGGAAGGGGAAUAAACAUGUGAAAGGUUUGAGCUACUGCAAGCACAUGUAUAUCCUGGUUAUAGCUGUGUAAUUUUCUUGUAUUUUCUCAGCGUUUAGGCAAGACCCAUGUUUGUAGGCCAAAUGCUAGACAACCUGUAGGUUUUCAUAAUGGAACUUUUCAUGAUUAAACCUAUAAUAUGCUGCACUCGUAGUAGAGUAUUGCUUCAUGUAAUUGAAGAAAGUACAAUGUUACUUGCCUGAAGUAUU